UUUGGCUUUCCUUUCCGCAGUGAUAACGAGUGCAACGACAAUGGUCUCGACGUCCUUUGAAGCAGUGAUCGCGGCCGCCGACGAGACGCAGGUCAAGCUCAUGGAGGAGAUGUGCAUCCAGGUCGACGAGACGGACCGCAACCUCGGCCCGAUCUCCAAGAAGGACUCGCAUUACAAGGACGGCGUGCUCCACCGCGCGUUCUCCGUCUUCCUCUUCACGCCGGACAACAAGCUCAUGAUCCAGAAGCGCGCGGCCGAGAAGAUCACGUUCCCCGACUUCUGGGCCAACACUUGCUGCAGCCACCCGCUGCACUUCGAGGCUGAAAUGGAGGAGAAGGAGCACCUCGGUGUCAAGCGCGCGGCCAUUCGCAAGCUUGAGCACGAGCUUGGCAUCCCGCUUGACACGUUCACGACGGGCCAGUUCAAAUUUAUCACCAAGGUGCUCUACCGCGCGCCUUACGAUGAAAACUGGAGCGAGUACGAAGUCGACCACAUCCUCCUCGUGCGCGCGGCCGUCAACGUCAACAUCAACCCGAACGAGGUCGCUGAGAUCCGCCUCGUCGCCCGCGAUGAGCUCGAGAGCGUCAUCAAUGACAAGAGCCUCUUGAUCUCGCCGUGGUUCAAGCUCAUCUCGCAGACGCUCCUGCCGCAGUGGUGGGACAACCUCGACGCCUGCCUCGAGAAGGACAACAACGACGAGACGAUCCACAACUACAUCAAAUAAGAUGACACCGAACACCGGUACUAGGUCGCUGAUGUGGAUAUAUGCUUUACGAAUGAUGUAAUACACAACCAUGGACGCUGUUGAACUAAGGUC